AUGGUGCCGCCCGGACCGCCCCAACAUGUGCAGGAACGCCUGUGGCAGCGCCGGGCGGCGCUGCACUUUGCGGGCUUGGCGGCCGCCGCGGCGCGCGCGCGGCUGCGGCGCCUGUCGCUGCCGGCGCGCGAUGCGGCGGCGGCGGCGCACAAGGCGGCGGCGGCAGCCCACAAGGCCGCCACAGGCGGCGGCGGAGGCGGCGGCGGCGGCGCGCGGGGCGGAGGGAAGCGGGGCGGCGUGGCGAAGCACAAGGCGGCGGCGGCGGCGGAGGGGGCCGGCGGGGAGGGCUCCCCGGGGCCCUCGCUGGUUUCUGGAAAGGCAGUGGCCCUAUCAGAUGAGGAAAAAGCGGUCCUAAGGGCCGACCUCGGCGCGGCGGAGGCGGGGCGGGCGGCACAGGAGUUUGAGUCAGUCCUGGGGUCGUUUCCCGCGGGGGAGGGGCCGGAGGAGGUCCAGGGGCAGGAGCAGGCGGAGGAGGGGGCUGGCAACGGCGGUGGCGGCACGGCGGCAGAGGGGGACCUCCUGGGGCGAGUGCAGGUUGACCACCUGCUCAUGUGGGGCCACGCUGACCUGGCGGAGGUCCUAGUAGACCACCUGCAGUGGCAGGAGGCGCAGCGGCUGGUUCGCCACAUGGACUUGCUGGCCAAGGCGGACGCAAACCUCGAGGUGGCCUGGAUCAACGCUGAGCUGGCGGAGCGAAAGGCCCGGGAGGCCACGGGCGGCGCCGCCGGCGCGGGCGCGGACGCCGACGCGGCGCGGCGCGCGAAGCGGCUGAACGGCGCGCGGCCGGCGGUGCGCAUGGACGGAGCCGUGGCCGGCGACGACGCGGACGCGGCGGCGCGCGCGGCGGCGCACUACGCGGCGGCGCGCGACAGGAAGAAGCGGAAGGGGCGCGAGUUCGAUGACGACGAUUACGUCAUGGGCAUGAAGCAGGCCGCAGCUGCGCCGCGCCCCCCACUCCGCUUGGCGCAGCCGCAGCUGCAGCAGCCGCUGCCCGCGGGCGACCCACGGCUGAAGCGAAUGCGGAUGGGCGGGCAGGGCGCUAUGGCGCGCGGCGACGUCGGCCUGGGCCGGGCGCCCUCUCAGUUGGGCGCGCUGCGCGCGUCGCUGCCGCGGCAGGCGAGCGGCAGCCUGCCGCACCUGUGGGCGCAGACGGACGACGAUCUGCUCUGCGCGAUGGGGGUGAGCCGGCGGGCGGAGUGGUGCAAGGCGCGGUACGCCGUCCUGCAGAAGACGCCCAUGGAGGUCCCGGACGGCCAGGAGCCGCCCCGCAGCGCGGACGGGCUGCUGAUCUCCUACGCAUCCAUAAGCAAGCAGCAGGCAAAGGAGGUGUUUGCCCGCACGUUGCCGGUCUCAGAGCAUGUGCUGCGGCGCCACGUCGACACCAUGGCGCCCGUGGCCGCCAAGUUUGCGUCGAUGCGGAUGGCCGAGCGCCAGCAGAUCCGCGACUCCAACCGCACGGUGCUGAUGCAGUAUGGCGGGCGCAUCCUGGACCCCCUGGCCGUGACUGCCUACGAGGAUGCUUACCAGCAGCAGCAGCAGCAGCAGCAGCAGCAGCAGCAGCAGCAGCAGCAGCAGCAGCAGGCCUCGUCGCAGGAGCAGGCGCAGCGGCCGUCGGGACAGGCGGCUGCGCCGGCCCCUCAGCAGGCCGCUGACCCGGCCGCGGCAGCUGCGGCGUCCGCCGUGGCGCAGCAGCAGCAACAACAACAGCAGCAGCAACAGCAGCAGCAGCACGUGCAGCAGCCAGGGGGCGCAGCGGCCCCUUUGCACGUGCAGCAUCCACAGCAGCAGCAGCAGCAGUCGGCGUACGUGCAGCACGUGCAGCAUGCACCGCAAGUGCAGCAGGCUGUGGCGGCAGUGCCGCCACAGCAGCAGCUGCAGCAUCACUUGCAGCAGCAACAGCAGCAAAGCCCAGUGGUGAUGGCAGCAAGCAGCGGCGGGAUGGACAGCAUGCAAUCCCAAGCGGCGGCAGCAGCAGCGGCAGCAGCAGCCCAGCAGCAUCAGCAGCAUGCGAUGCAGCAGCAUGCCAUGCAGCAGCAACAGCAGCUGCAGCACGAGCAACAGCAGCAGCAGCAACACCACCAACACCAGCAGCAACAGCAGGCGGCCCUCCAGCAGCAACACGCCAUGCAGCAACAACAGCUGCAGCAGCAGCAGCAACAGCAGCAGGUGGUACUGCAGCAACAGCAGCAGCAGCAACAACAGGUGAUGAUGAUGCAGCAACAGCAGCAGAUGGCAGCUGCGGCAGUGCCCGCGCCAGGCGCCUACGCAAUGCACGUAUCCGCGGCCCCUGGCAUGGCCACGCCCAUGCCCAUGCAGAUGCAGCCCAUGCAGCAGGUGCAGCCCAUGCAACAAAUGCAGAUGCAGCCGAUGCAAAUGCAGCAGCAGGCAGGGGGCGUCAUGAUGCAGCAGCUGCCCGGCAUGCAGCCAGGCAUGCAGCCAGGCAUGCAGCCGGGCAUGCAGCCAGGGUUGCAGAUGGCGCAGUCGGGGCAGGCGGGGCUUAUGGCCACGCCCCUUCCCCAAGGCUCCCUGGCCAUGUCCAUGCAGCCCAUGCAGCUGCAGCCCAUGCAGCAGCUGCAGCCCAUGCAGCAGCUGCCCGGGCAGAUGCAGCCCAUGCAGCAGCUGCCAGGGCAGAUGCAGGGGCUGCAGCCCAUGCAACUGCAGCAGUGGCCGGGGCAGAUGCAGCUAUUGCAGCCCAUGCAGCCCAUGCAGCAGCUCCCGGGGAUGUCUGGCGCCUGGCUGCUGACCGCCACAGACGGCGGCAGCGGUAGGGCGUCGGUGGCGCGUUAUGCGCGCUGCUGCUGCAACGCGCGCGUCGACUACGAUUUUGGAGAUCCUUGCUAUGUGUUCAAAAUCGUGCGCAGCCACGACGGCUUACGUCUGGCGGCGACGCUGUCGAACAACACGAUAAAGACGUACAGCAUCCACGCUGACGCUCUCAGCCAUGCGGGUGACCUCCGGGGACAUUCCAAGAGGAUUACGGACGCGCGCUUCCCGCUGCCAGAUGCGCCGCACGCACUGUACAGCUGCUCCAGCGACGGCACUGUUCGCGGCUGGGACCUCCGCAGCGGGCAGCAGGCGGAGUGCUUCAAAUCAAACGGCCAGGAGCUCUUCUGCUUCGAUGUGCUAGGGGAACUUGUCGCAGCCGGCGGACCGGGGGACGUGCUGUUCUGGGACCGGCGGGCGGGCGCGGCGCUUGCGUCUUUCGACGACAUGCACAUGGAUGACGUCACGCAGGUGCGGUUCCACGCGCCCAGCCGCAGCCUCAUCUCGGCGUCGCAGGACGGGCUCGUGGCUGUCCAUGACGCAUCUGGCGGCCUCAACCAGGACGACGGCUUUGUGGCGGCCCUAAACGCGGGGACGUCUGUCGAGGAGCUGGGGCUGUACGGGCCGGACGAGGGCCGCCUCUGGCUGCGCACCGGCACCGAGUCGCUGCAGCUCUGGGAGUGGGCCAAGGCGGCCGCGCCCGACGCGGAGGGGGGGGACGUGGCAUUUCUGGACCUGACGUGGGAGGCGCGCGGCGCGCUCGCGGCCGCCGCGGCGCACGGCGGCGGCGACGCGGCGGCGCUGUUCCAGGAGGUGGAUUACCUGGCAGGUUGCCACUGGGACGCGGCUUCCGGGCAGCUGCUGCUGGUGGCCGGCACCAACGCCGGCGCGGUCGGCUUCUUCCCGGUCGCCGAGGCGGCCGCGCUCUCGGGCGCGCUGUCGGGGCAGCCGCCGGCCGCGGCGGUCGCGCCGCCGCCGGUCGUCCUCCGCGGCUGCCACGACUCGGUCGUGCGGUCGGUCGCGUGCUUCGGGCCGGGCAGCGGCGGCGGCGGCGGCGGCCUGCUGUGCGCGACGGGGGGAGAGGACGCCAAGCUCGCGCUCUGGACGCUCGCGGGGGCCGCCGCCGGCGCGGGGCGGCAGCAGGGCGGCGGGCAGGGGGACGCAUCCGACGGCAGCAACUCGUCGGGGCCGGCGCGGCACCGGCAGGGCGCGCGGCGCGCGGCGCCAUACUGA